UGAGAGUCAGCAUUUCUCCGGCCGCGUAAAGCGUGACUUUCCUCCCUCAUUUCGGCGUAGCCACUUUGAGGGCAAAACACAAACACACCCAGUAGGCUGCAAGGAUGCAAAAGGGAGGAGACGGAAGAUGGCUCGUUUACAGUGCAUGCCGCUGCGGCCAUCCUUUGCGCUGCCGAGGAAGGAAUGUUAUGAAUGAGUGAGGCGGCGGGGCAGCUGAGUGAGACUAACAAGUGGUUGCCAUGCAGCAGGAGCGUGUGCGUUGCUAUAGGGAGGGAUAGAUAGAGAAACGGAAUGAUAAUGAGCAGCAGGGCAGCAAGUAAGACGGCGCGAGGGAUGAGCAGCAGCAUCCCCGAGAAGCGACGCAUCCCGGCAUCUCUCCCCUCCUCGCCGCUCCUCUCUUGCCGGCUUCCUUUUUCGAUUUUUGCCCGUUUGUUUUGGUGAGGCAGGGGUCUUCAACAUGCUAACGCUGGAAGGUGUCAGGGAUGUAUUUGCGCAGCGUCUGGGAGGGUGGACCCCUGCAGAAGAUGCGCUAUCAACAGGUCUGUGAACGGCGCCACGAUGACGGUAAGACGGCUGCUUUUCCACCUCAAGACGUUCACCCGCGAGUACAAGCUCUCUUUUGCUCGCCAUGCAUACCUGAAUGCUGCUAAUCACCCUACUUUCCUCCCCCCGUGUCAUUCCACCGUCUAUCCCAUUCACUAUCCCCAUUGUCUUUGAGCCACCUGCUGCUGCUUUAAAAAAAAAAAAAAAAAAAAAAAAAAGAUUGUAGACAAAAUACUGGCAGGGGCAGACUUGCAGCAAUUGUGUGCAUUCUCUGCUUUUUUUUUUCUCUCGGAUAAAAUAACACCAUCUGGCAGGUAACAUGCAACCAGUGACCCCGUCCGAGGAGAGAUGAGGCACCCCGAUGUUGAUUUACAAUGUGCAGCGUCCACUACAACCACUCCCUGGCUGCCAUGAGCGGAAACGACAUGAUGGCGCACUCUCUGACUCUGGAACAGAAGACGGCGUUUGCCUUUGUGGGGAUGCUGCUCGUGUUCCUAGGACUGCUGAUUGUGAGGUGUUUCCGGAUCCUGCUGGACCCCUACAGCAGCAUGCCGUCCUCCAACUGGGCGGACGGCAUCGAGGGGCUGGAGAAAGGGACGUUUGAGUACGCGCUGACUUAACACAGGGGAACAGACAUCCGUAGAUGUCCUCACAAACGUUGCUCACUUUAGGCUUUCGUAUGCAUUUCAAUCAAUCACUGGUGGGGAACACACACAUAAACGGGUCACCGUUGCUUACCUGACUAGUUGCAAAAGUACAUUUCAAACAAGUGCGAUUGGGGAUUUGUGUCAAUGGUCAAGGUUGGACACUCUUUAUGAGAGUCUAAUGAGCAGUUACCAUAAGUUCAUUUCUGGGUUAACCUUUUUCCUACGGGGUUCUAAGGACCUGCAGUAAAAUGUGAGCAUGGGUUCUUAGAACCAUCAUUAUGCUACAAAAUCCCGCGACCAAUGUGAGG